CGACAACCCCUCAAUUUGCCCAAAGUCUAGAUGGUCUGCAAUAACCUGAGUCAUUUCAUAUGCUUGUCCGCAUCUGCUGUCAUACGCUUUUCGGUUGGUGCGCCUGAUGAUCAUUGGUUGACAAAAUAAGCUAUAGACCAUACUCCGGCAUUUGAUAUGGCAUUCAUGCAAUGAAAUGAGAGAAUGACGGUCAUCAAGGUGCCAUAAAAAAGCUCGGGACAUCCGGAAGUGGAUACGCAAUCAAAAAGAAAUAUCAGACAUAUAUGUGUGUGGGUAUGUAUAUAUAUUAGCCAUGUUGAAUCAUCUUGCUUUGCUUUGCUUUGCUUGAUGGUAUCCUUUUCCCAAAUCCAACUUUGGAACAUGCUUUUGGCCUUUCCGACAUUCAAUACCGUAUCUCGCAACAUACUACCAUCGUUUUUGAACACCAUCCUGAUUCAAUACCGUUCAAUCAUGUCUUCCAAAAAUUCCUCACGAGAAAGGAGCUGUGAAAGCGAAGUUCGCAGCACAAGAUCGACACCUGGAAGAGACACUCGAAGUCCUUCACCUCUCGCACAAAAUUCAAGUGAACUUCCAGACCUUAUGAGAUCACGAAUUCUAGCCAGUCCAAAAGAGUCCGAUGCAGAAUGCUGGGAAAGAAUGUUGGCAUUGCAGAAGGAAUAUCACUGUUAUCAAUCUGCAAGAUUGGAAGCUGCUGUAGAAGCUUUGGAAAAUGGUUGGCUUCUUGAGGAUGUCCCUAGGCGUCAGUAUGAUCUUCGAGUAGAAUGAACAAAAGCUCACACAACCACAGCAUCUCGACUUUGCCUAGAUCUCAUCAACGAUGGGUUGAAAGCUCAAAUUCAGACAUUUGACACUUUUCGAAGAGAUUUGAUCCAAUAGAAGGAAGUGGUGACUGCGUCGUGGUAUCGAUGUUUGAUGGAACAAUUACGACUCAUCAUGGUGUAGUGCACCAAAACUUUUGGAGUGCUGGUUGCAUUACUGGUCAUUACAAAAGCCAAGUAAUGUUGGUGUUUUAGCGUUGGCGUUAUGGUGUGGGUAAAUUUGGAUAAAUUUGGAUAUGAAUCCGCGACGAUAUAAGAAAUCGAUACCCACGGUCUGAUGUUUUGUGUAUGUAAACGUUUUAUUGAUAAUCAUGGGGAUAUGAACAAUUAAUCGUAUGGCUUUGGCAGAGUGGGGGAUUGGAAGUGGCACAAUGGGUUAAGACUAUAUACAAGAUCUGAAAAAUAUGAAGAAUAACCAAAAUUGUCAGUUGAGCAUUGAGGAGUGAAUGAGUGAUCUUCUGAAUACCU